CCUACAUGCACCAGACAAAAUGUCGUUCUUCAUCAGGAACUCAGCGAAAUCGAAGAUCUCCGGUCCAAAAGUUGGGCAAAAGAGAAAGACACUAAGUAAACCUUCAGGAGGAAAAGCUGGAAAGAAAACUAAUGGCAGGUUACCUGGGAAGAGACGGAUGAAGGGAGGAAAUGAAGAGAUAGCUAGUGAUGAGGAGAUCCUAAGUGAUAUUGAAGACAUUGCUGAGCAGGUGGCAUCAGAAGAUGAGGAGGAGACAGCUCAGGAGAAACGACUCAGACUCACCAAACAGUACCUCUCACAGCUGGAGGAGGAAGAAGCUGACAAGAGGGUUUCGGAAGAGAUUGACAGAGAUGCGAUCUCCCACAGACUACAGGAAGACCUGCUCGAGCAGGCAGGGAAACUGCAGAGAAAAGUUGCUGCACAGUACAUUCCACCGACACCCGCAGACAUCCAGGUGUUACGAGGACACCAGCUGCCCCUCACCUGUCUGGUUAUCUCCUCUGACAGCAAACAUGUGUACACAGGUGCCAAGGACUGCUCCAUCAUCAAGUGGAAUGUUGCAGAGGGGAAGAAGGAAAAAGUGAUUGCUGGUGGCAGGAAAGGCACAGAAGACAAGCACCAGGGGCACACGGCUCAUGUGCUCUGUUUAGCCAUCUCUUCUGACAACAAAUUUCUGGCCUCUGGUUGCAGGAAUAAGGUAAUCCACAUCUGGGACCCCGUCAGCAUGACCAGACUUCACACCUUCACAGGACACAGGGAUGCUGUAGCUGGUCUGGCCUUCAGGAAGGGUACUCAUACCCUGUUCAGUGCCUCCCAUGAUAAGACAGUGAAGGUGUGGAGUCUGGAUGAGAUGGCGUAUGUUGAAACACUGUUUGGUCAUGAGGACUCCAUCAUGUCUCUGGACAGCCUGUCCCGUGAGCGAGCUGUCACAGCCGGGGGCAGGGACAGGACAGUCAGGGUGUGGAAAAUCCCAGAGGAGUCCCAGUUAGUGUUCCAUGGAGAGAACAGAGGUUCCAUAGACUGUGUGGCCUUCAUCAACGAACAGCACAUCGUGUCAGGGGAUGACAAUGGGAAUGUGAGUGUGUGGGGACUGAUGAAGAAGAAACCCCUGGUGUCAGUACGAGGAGCUCACCACACAGAAGGCAGUGACCAGCAGGAGUGCUGGGUGUCAGCUGUCGCAGCUCUCACCAACUCUGACCUGAUUGCCUCAGGGUCCAGUGAUGGACACAUACGUCUGUGGCAAUGUGGGGACAACUUUAAGUCUGUCCAACCGCUCUUCUCAAUCCCCGUGGUAGGGUUUGUGAAUGGGCUGAAGUUCUCCAGUGACGGCAGCCUGCUGGUGGCAGCAGUAGGACAGGAACACCGGCUGGGCAGGUGGUGGAGACUCAAACCUGCUCGCAACAGUCUGGUCAUUGUCCGGCUCAGGAAAACCAGCUGAAACAUGGGGGGUAGGGGGUUUGGGCAGUGGAGUUAACAAACAAGGCUCGAA